AGGGUGGGGGGGCGACGCAUUCUCCCCGAGUACACACAAGCAGCGGCCACAUCCACUGUAGACAAAUCCGUGUUCAGUGACGUGUUUUGUAUUAGCCUUUUUUAUGCAUGUUCAACCCUUUUCCAUCACUGGCUGAUUUAAAUUUAAUCAGGAACCCAGUCCCUCGCGUGCUUCCUAUUUUCAUCAACUCUAAUCAUCCCCUUUGUAUUUAUUUAUUUUUUUUGCCUCGAUAGACCCGUUAUUCAACCCAUCCACCGUCCACCCCCUAUCUUCUUUUUUUCCCUCCAUCUCCUUCUCUUUGUGAGUGCGACGCGCUGCGAAUAUCUGAAAUAAAAAAGCCUGCAGACUUUGGAAUUCAAUGUUGCUAUGGUAACAAUGUCAGCAGCAGAGCAGUGACCAUGGUGCAAGUUUUCUGCUAACAGAGGACGGACGGAGAGCGGGACAACCGUCCAAGCCACAACCUCCAACAGCAACAUCUUUGAGAAAGAAAGAAAGAGAGAGAGAGCAAGUGAAAGAGGGCAAAAGAGAGAGAACGAGUGCACGAAGGAGAGAGGGAGCGGGUGAAAACAGUCGAUGGAUGCUGUCCGGAUUGAGGGGACAGCACGUUCUUCACUGACGAGGAAAAGAAAGAUUUCAAAAUUGAGUCGAAGGAUAGAAACUCGCCGUCAGGCAUGGUGUGUGAGAAGGGGAUCCAGAUCCUUCUCACCACCGUGGGGGCAUUCGCUGCCUUCGGCCUGAUGACGGUGGCAAUAGGGACGGACUACUGGCUGUACUCCCGUGCCCUCAUCUGCAACAGCACAGCCAACGUUACCCAGGAUGACCCCCAUAACAAGGACAAGAAGGAUCCAGGGGCGCUCACCCACUCUGGACUGUGGAGGAUAUGCUGCCUGGAAGGAGUAAAGAGAGGAUCGUGUUCUCAGAUUAACCACUUCCCAGAAGAUGCAGACUUUGACCAUGAUGGGGCAGAGUAUGUCCUGCGGGUAGUCAGGGCUUCCAACAUCUUCCCAAUCCUCAGUGCCAUCUUGCUUCUGAUGGGAGGGGUUUGCAUCGCUGCCAGUCGUUUCUAUAAGAGCAAAAGGAACAUCAUCCUGGGGGCGGGAAUUCUCUUUGUGGCUGCAGGUCUGAGUAACAUAAUUGGUGUGAUUGUGUACAUCUCGGCCGCACUGGGGGACAUCUCUCCUAAGAAGGACGAGGAUAAGAAGUGGCAGUACUCCUACGGUUGGUCCUUUUACUUCGGAGGUCUGUCCUUCAUCAUGGCCGAGAUGGUGGGGGUGCUGGCUGUCAACAUCUACAUCGAGAAGAACAAGGAGCUGCGCUGCCGCUCGCGCACCGACAUUUUCAAGAGCACCACGCACGCCAUGCUCCGCCUGCCUAGCUACCGCUUCCGCCGCCGCUCCCGCUCUUCGUCCCGCUCCACUGACCCCUCCCGCUCCCGAGACCCCUCACCUGUAGGGGGGGGUGGGGGCAAAAACUUUGGCCUGCCCCCCUCUGCGCUGCUUUCCCAGGGCCCCAUCUCAGUAUCCACUUUACCAAACCCCCACUCUCGCUCCCACACGACCCUGGCUGGAGGCGACAUCUCUCUCUACACGUUGUCCCGUGACCCCAAACUGGGGGGUUUGCCCCCCAUGUAUGGAACGGUGGACAGGGCCACGCUCUACCAGCUCCACAACUGCUUCCCAAAGGAUGGAGGGGGAGGGGGGGUGAUGAUGAGUGGUACACUUCCCUCGCUUAAGUCCCACAACCCUUCCAAUUCUUCCAACUCCAACGCGCCGAUGCCCAACUCGGUGGGGUCCGGCCCUCCACCCUUCAACUCGUCCACAGUAGACAGGGAGCGAGGGAUGGGGACUCUGGACAGGCUGAAGGGAGACAGGGAGAGCAACUCCAACACCCUCAAUAGGAAGACAACGCCUGUGUAGAGAGAAAGGGGUGUGAGAGGGGGAGGCUAGAAGGAAGGGAGAGAAGGAAGAUGGGUAGUAAUGAAAGAGGGAAGAUAGAGAGAAGCACUGUGUUUAUGUGGCUCAACAGGAAAUAGAUAGCAAGACAGGUGAAAUGCUAAAGCUCUCCCUCAAUGUUAUUUAGUCUGCUCAAUCUCACUGAGAACAAAAAGAAGAUUAGUAAUAACAGAGUGAUAAUAACAACAACAAUAAACUUUCACAAUAAAACUAUUUUGAUAUUUUAACGUGCUAGAAAUGAUUUAUUUUGUUAAUGAUCAAACGCAAUUAACCUUGGGCUAUUAUAAAAAGGUUUCACAUAUUUUUUGUGCAAUAUUACUGCUAAUUAAUAAGAUCAUCAUUAAUGUAAAAUUGUUGUUGUGAUUAUUCUUAGCGUUAUUACAGGCUAGCCAGAUUUGCAAACACUAUAUAGUUUGGAAUGAAAAUUUCAAUUUCCAUGUUACUUUCACUCUAAUUUUAGAUCUCAACGACUUUUACUGUGAAUUUCUUCCAUGCAGAGCCACUGGGACUGUCAGUGAUCUGUGUGUAACUGUGUCAAAGUGUCAAGCAUGAGUGUGCACAAUAUGUGGGAGAAUGAGGGCCUGUAUUUUUUUAACCCCCAUAUUAUAUAAAUUUCAUUUAUAACAUGAAGUCAGAUUUGAAUACUGUAAAUUGUCUUCCAAUAUUGAUACUGAAAUGCAACAAUAAUGUGAGUGGUUGAGACAACUGACCAACUUCAUUGUUAUUAUAAGUCUGAGUUUUCUAUGGGCCUCUGUUAGUCUUAUUUCCAUUCUAAUCAGUGUUAACAGUAGUACUUGUAGCUAUAGUCGUGUUGAAGAUGUUUGUUCUUGGGCAUUAACAGAAACCUCUGACUGGAGGAAGCAGAAAAUAGAGAUAUAGAAUAAUACAUUUGUACAGAUUCAGGUAAAGUUUACUGCCUGAGCAGAAAAACAAAAAACCUAAUCAUUUUUUCUAUGAAGAGUCCCAAAGUGAGACAUGCAACUCAUACUUUUCAGUGGCAAAAAAAAAGACAAUAUGUAUAUGUGGGUUGAGAGGGUUUAAAAAACACUAUAGAAAAAAACUUUUGAAAAGAUACAUGUACAUUGUAAUUUAGGCAUACAUAUAUUUGUAAAGUCUAUAGAUUUGUUUUUCGGGACCACUGUUCAAACUGGGUAUGCAUUUUGGGCUGUUUUGUUCCCGGUGCCCUUCCUGGACUCUUGUUGGAUGGUUUCAUCCGCCAACCCUGCGCCGCCAUACCUGCGCCGCCAUACCUGCGCCGCCAUACCUGCUUCCCCUGCCAGAUUUACCACAGAGACCCCUAACCUCCCCAAAGAUUCUUUUCACUGUGCUUCCCUCAUGACCGCUGACUCCUGAGUCUGAACUCUGACCUGAUCUGUUUAUGUUGAUGAGAAUGUAAACACAUGUAAACAACCCCCACCCCACCUCUCUCUUCUGAACUGUCCCGAGUGACUGCAGAUCCGGGUUGAAACCAUGGACACACCGCUACAUGAUAUAAUGAAGAAGCAAAACAAAACAACCAGACGCUUCCAGAUUCUAUGCGUUUUCAUUUCUUUGAUUUCAUUUCAGAAAAAGAAUAAUGUGAUAAAAACUGCACACAGAUAGCAUUUAUGUGGGCAAUAUGAAUAGUAUGUAGUUGAGAAUAGAUAUAUCUAGACAAAUGAUUAUGGUUUAUCUAAAUGUGUGAUAAACUUAAACACUGUAUUGCACGAAGUUUAUAAAAAAAACAAUAACAGACAUA